AACCUGUGACAGGCUCACUAACAGAGCACCAUGAGUAACAUAACUUCAGCAGAUCAAAUGCAGUUGCCUUCAUGAAUGUAAUGAUUCAGAUCUGUCUUCAUGUUUGACAUUUAUGCCCUAAGCCAGAACCUGAUAGUUUCAUGUUUCAAAUGUCUUUCCUGCUGUUCUGAUUCAUAGAGUAGUGAUUUCAGACACUCAUGGUCACUGAAAUUGUACCCUGUAAUCCAGAUGAUGGCACAGACAUUUUUCUUUUCCAGUUUUCUCAUAUCCUAAUUCUCUGUCAUGCUUAUCUAUUUCAAUUCCCAUGUUUUUCUUAUUUUUUGAAGCUGCCUUCCCAAGCACUGACCCCACUUUCCAGACAACUUCCAUCGUCUUGGUCACACAUUGAUCAAAAGAUUCUCCAGGUUGACUGUAGUGACUUAUUCUCAAGGACUGUUGGGUUUUCACCUUCAGGCAUGUGCAGCUUAACUUCUCCAUCAGUUCCAGACGGUUUUCUUUGUGACUUAGAAGAACUCAAUUCCUUGGCAUUAGCAACCUCCCAGACUGUAGCAAUCUCCCCAGGUAAUAGCAUUCACCAUGUUAAGGAUGGUCACUUUAUGCCAAAUACAGAGGUGUUUCUCAGCUCUCCUACAGAUCUCCCUCUGUCCUCUCUUGUAUCUCCCUCUGUCUCAUCUUCAGCCAGCUCAUCUCAUGACGUAACACAUAAGCAUGUCAGCAACAAUACCAAGUCAGGGAAAGAUAAAGACUUAGAAAGCAUAAUUGAUUGUUUAGUUAUUGAAGUACCGAGAGAUUUGUCAGAUGCUACAAGAGAAGGUGAACACGGUGCUAUGCAUAACAUCCCUUUGCCAUAUGAAGAAGGUUCCUUGUCCAGUGUGCUAGCUGCAAGUGCUGAAAACGAAGAGGAAAUCUGUACUGCAGACCUUUCACUUAAUAAAGAGGAUCAGUCAGAAUCUCAAGAAUCAGAUUCCUCUGAAGAAGCACAAGACAAAACAGAAGAACUGACUAGACUGUAUAUAGAGGAGGAUCUGGUACAUGACAAUUUAGAAUUCCCAAUAGCAAGUGGAGAAGAUUCUAUGGAUUGUUAUGAAGGAUAUACUUCACCAGAUAUUUUUAAGGUAUUUUAAUUUUUGACAACCCUGACUUCUGUGUUCAGAUAACUUAGUAUAAUUAUUCUCUGCCUUGUAUCUACACGUUUGUAUUGUGCACAGGCACACUUUUAUAUAAUUGCAUUUGAUAAAACUGAGUUCUGAGCAAGAUGGUUUAAGAAGAAAGGUGUCCCUGCCCAUGGCAGGGAGGUUGGAACUCGAUGAUCUUUAAGAUCCCUUCCCACCCAAACCAUUCUAUGAUUCUAUGAUUAAACAUUGUCAGCGUCCCUUCUCAGAAGCAGGCAUAUGCACUAUUGUAAAUUCUAUGAUGUAUCAAUUGUGCUAGUCCUUUCCCUCUUGCCCCUGCUAUUUGCUGAGGAGUUUCUGAUGUGAAAAGCCAGCAAACCAUUUCCCUCCCCAGCCCAUUGCGUGCUGCCCCUUUUGAGAGAGGCCCCAGCAAGCAAAUGCUGUCAGCAGCCUGCAGAGGGAGGGACGUGUGCCUGCUGCAGAGACUCUGCGGUUUGUGCUUGGCAUGUGUCAGCUCACAGCUGAUGUAUUUAUAGCAGACUCUGUUACAAGGAUCUGACUAACAGUAACAGAUCAGAUUAUGUUUGGCAGUUACACAAAUGCUUCCUCCCCAAGCCCUCCCCGUUCCUCUUUGGGACCCUACAUCACUGAGCUACCCCAAAUGUGUGCUGGCCAUUAAAUGCCACAAUGUAACUAUACAGUUUGUGUGGCUCCCAGGCAUAGCUCUCUUUUCUGUUCAGCACUUACUUCAACAGACUAUUCAGGUAGUUACUUUCACUGACAGCAUGCAUGUCAGGUGCUUAGGACAGUAUGUUUUAGACCAAAUGUUAAACUAUUUAAUUACAUUUUGCCCUUUAAUUACAUUCUACCCUUAAAUGACCUGAAAAACAAAGAAGAAAAAUUAAGAAUAGAGGAGAAAUCCAUGGCCACAAAUGGCAUCGUUUUAAUGCUUUCUGAGGCAAGAGAUGUCUUCCAGAAAAGUAGAUGACUAAUAAUAAGAUUAGCAUGAGAUUUGUGAUUGUUGAGGUUAGUUACAUGUCCCCUUACUGAGCAUUUGACAUCCUUCAGCUGAUUUUGGAACACAGUUUUAUAGCAGAGCUACUUCUCAUA